AUGGGGGCGUGGGAGGAUGCAUGUGCUUACAGAGGAAGCUCCACCUUUUUAAUACCAGAGGGCAGCUUCUUCCUUGCCCAAGUGUUAUUUUCAGGCCCUUGUUUCGGUGAUCUCUCUCCCAAAGUCAUCAUUUUAGGCACUUUGAUUGCUCCCACCACCCUCACCGCCGACGUUUGGAUCUACUUCAAGUCCCUCCGCCAGCUCACCAUCACCGGCAACAUCGGAUCCGGCAUUCUCGACGGCCAGGGUGCUGAAACCUGGUUGUAUGGUUUCAACUGCCGCCAUCGCUUGAGUUGUGGCAUUUUCACCACAUCUUUGAAGCUGAGUGAUGUGUCAAAUGCGACAGUGAGCAAUAUUAGCCUUGUGAACAGCAAGGGCUUUCAUGUAGCCCUUAAUGGGUGUGACAAUAUUCAUCUUUCUGGGUUCAAGAUUACAGCUCCUUGGAAUAGUCAGAACACUGAUGGCAUUCAUAUCAGUCAGUCCACCAAUAUCAACAUCACAGCCUCCGACAUCAGUGUUGGCGACGACUGUGUUUCCAUCGGACCUGGUAGCAUCAACGUGUCGGUUUCUAACGUUAUAUGUGGUCCUGGUCAUGGAAUCAGUGUGGGGAGUCUAGGGAGGUACAGGGAGGAGAAGGAUGUGAUGGGAAUAAGAGUAGAGAAUUGCACCAUAAAAGACACUCAAAAUGGAGUGAGGGUAAAGACAUGGCCAGGAGAAGAUCACGCAAGCAAAGCUACCAAUUUGACAUUUCAAAACAUUGUGAUGUUCAAUGUCUCAAAUCCCAUUAUCAUAGAUCAACAGUAUUGUCCUAACCAUUUUUGUGACAUAAAAGAGUCAUCAGGUGUGAAGCUGAGUAACAUCAAUAUUAAAAACAUAAGUGGCACUUACAACUCUGAAUUUGCAGUAAAUCUGCAAUGCAGCUCAGCCAUGCCUUGUGAGAACGUUCAGCUUUCUUACAUCAAUCUCACUGCCAUUGAGCCACCAGAAACUGAUGACAUUGGCCGCUUCAACUGCAAGGGAUCUCUCAAUAACUUCUCCAUCCUUAAUUCAACAUUUUAAGUUCAUUACUCG